AUGGAGCGCGUGCUCGCAGCACUCACGCGGUUGGAAACACGCAUAGACACUAUUGAAAGAGCUAGUGUAAGCGUGUCAAACGCUUCGCCUGUCUCGCCACGCAUGCAACAUGCUCAACCUGGGCGACAAACGGAUGGGCGCAACGUGGUGCAAGUGGCAUUCGCUGGGAGCUAUUUUCGUCGCGCAAUAGAUGGAGGCAGUGCGCUAGGGCGUACGCCAAUGCAGAUCGACGAGCUGUCCGGUAUGGGACCGUUUGGGCUGGGAGCUUUUACAGGCGCGCCGAAGUACAGACGCGGGUUAAUCAAGGUUCGGCGGAGGCACAAGCCGCGUUGGAAGCACAAGCGGCAGCCCAAGCGCAAGCAGAGUAUUAAGCUCAGGCGCAUCAUCAACAAGCACCGCCCCCAACGCCGUACGCAGACCCUGGCUGCUUGCCGGGUCUUGGUGGACAUCGCGUGCCCAACGCUCGAGGCUCAAAGUUGA